AUUCGGUUUGUCUGGGAUCUUCCGAGCACCAUGGCUCCAAAAACAGCCAUCACAUUAGUGGACACUGAUAACAUGUUGAAGUUUUUUGAUGAGAAACUGAAUGCUCUUAUUGAAGAUUUUAAAGCAAAUGAAAUAUGGCUAAAAGAAAUCCAGGAGGAAGCCAAGAAGAUGUUUAUCUGUGACUUUAAUGCAGAGCCAGAAUUGAUGCCAAAAACACCUUCAGAAAGAAAACGGCUUAGGAGGCGUUCAUCUGUAAUCUGGGAUUCAAAUAAGAGGUUUUCUAGAAGCCGAAAAAGUUUAAGGCGUUCUUCAGUUCGGUGGCCAAAACUCAUAAACGGGAUCUUCAUGGAAGAUAAUGGUGACUGUAUUAGCAGAACUGAGCAGGCCUGUCCCGUUCGUCUAACACGAUCAGCAUCACGUGCAGCAGCAACAUUGGCAAGUCUAGAAAAUGACAAACACAAUCUUGUCCUAGUUAAUGGUAGAGUUCCACUGGUUGAAUUGUCGCUGAAUGGCAGCAAGACUGCAGAAUUCCAGAAGAGUCAUAUAGCCAAUUUAGCUCAAUCUCUUCUGAGUUCUGAAGAUGUGAACUUGCUUCAAAAAGCGGUUGAAACAAAAAAACCUCUGAGUGAAACUAUUUUGGAAACUGCAGUGAACCUCAGCAGUCCAAAUCACGAAGCAAUGAGGCUGAAAAUAAAUGUUGUUGCCACUAAAGAAAAUGCGGUUACUGGAGAGAUCCGUUCAACUAACUGGGAGUUAGGCAAUACGCCACUGGCAAAUGGGGGUUCCGUCUCUGGGAAAGACGAAAGUAAGCUUGUUCACAACCAUAAUCGCAGAUGGGUACGGAAAAGCAUGAGCAGUCGCCGAUCCAGCUGCUUCAGAUUGAUGGAUAAAUAUUCAUUGAAUGUUCAACGGGCUACCAUGGUGCAGGAAUCCAGAAAAUCUUUGCGUAAAUCAAUUGCCUGGAGAAAAAAUACGCCGGAGUCCUCUGCUUCCAGUUAUCGUAAUGUCAUUCAGAAACUGAAGAAAAAUGCAGAGGAAGAAUGGUGA